AUGAAUAAGUAUGUUGUUAAUGGUUUUAAAUUCACUACUGAAGAAUACUCCAAAUAUAAAAAAACUAACAAUAGUGGAGUUUGGGUAAAAGGUGGUGAUGGAAAUCUAGAUGGAGUUGAUAAUUAUGGGGUACUCAAUGAGGUUUUGGAAAUGGAGUAUUCCGGUUGGCCUACAAAAAAAAUUAUAUUGUUUAGAUGCAAGUGGUUUGAUCCAACUCCAAAAAGAGAUAAAGCUGAUUGGUGGGUGGUUAUUAAAACCAAACCCAUGGGCCGUGUGGAAGUUGAAAACGUGUUGGAUGUUGCAUACCAAAAUGAUGAUUCGUCAACUGUUCACCACACCGUCGAUAUUGAAUUAGAAAAUGAUUUAGAGCAUCCUGAACACAUAUUAGAAGAGGUUGAUAUGGAAGAAAUAACAAAUGAAGGGGCAAAUGCAACAAUUCAUGAGGAUGAGUAUGAGUAUGAUGAUGAGGAUGAAGAUGAAUAUGAGGACGAGGAUGAGGAUGAGAAUGAUAAUGAGGACGAGGAUGAGGAUGAGAACGAGGAGGAUUAG